GCUGGCUGAGGGUACAAGUCGCUGACCAGGUACUUGUGUGUGGGAAGUGUCGGCGUCCGCCUUGGAGUGAAAGCAAUCGAUGUAGCCCUUUUGGAACCAAGCCGGGCCGCUCAGUAUUUCAGCCCUUCGUCCACUCUGGCUGAUGGCUCUAGCUCUGCUCUGGCCCGGCCCGGCCUGGCUGCAACCGCACAUCGGAAACCCUGCCUGCUCGGCAAUCUGAUGCUUCUCGACCGCCCAGCCUUCUGGAAACACCUGGUCACGUGGUCGCCCGAUCCGCCCCUGGUUUGGCCGAGGCGGUGCUCGUUGGCCUGGGUCUCGCCGUCUCCUGCAUCUGCCUCCCCCUCCUUCCUGGGCACUCAUCGACGUCUUGGCCAUGUACGGAGCCGGCCAGAGCUACGGCUACCCGCAGGGGUUGACUGCAGAGCAGCUUCAGUUGCUCCAGCAGCAACAGCUCCAGCAGCAACAGCUCCAGCAACAGCAGCAACAGCAACAGCAACAGCAGCAGAUCCAACAGCAGCAACAGCAACUCGCGUUCCAGCAACAACAGCAGCAGCAGUUGGCUUUCCAGCAGCAGCAACUUGCCGCCCACCGAACUGGGUCUCCAUCGCUGAUGUCCACCCAUUUGACCGGUGGCGGCUACUCCCAGAGCAUUGUUUCUACCCCUGCUCUGUCCGUCCACAGCACCGGUCCAGGAUCCCAAAAGUCCGUCAAGCUCUCCGGCAAGAUCAACUUUUCAUUUAUCGAUCAGGCCAAUCUUGUCGGAUAUGAGGCAACGUUCGGCCAGUACUGUUCCGAUGGCUCCGGAAGGAUGCCAGCCGACGCUGUCGUCGGCGUCCUCUCCAAGUCCGGGCUCCACAACGCAGUCCUUGGACAAGUCUGGUGAGCGUUCCCACGCUUGCUCAGAGCCAGCGGGCUCUAGUUCUGCUUGGGUCGUAGGCUCCAGACGCCACGCUGUCGAUGCUGUCGAUGCUAUCGAUGCUGUCAUACUAUUCUCCUGACUCUCUC